UUGGCUGCUGCCAGGAAAAAUCUCAUGCAAUAUCAUGAGAGAAGCAGCCUGGCAGGUCCUGCAGGAGCCAAGAAGAUAUAUGUCCCUUCCCCUCAUCCUGUUACAAUCAACACAGCAUCAGUUCAAGGCCAUGAUACUGACCUCAGACUGAACACUAUGGCUGGACUCGAGAGCCUGAAACAUCUUCUUGAAAAGCUCACUAGCUUUGUGUCUGAUACCACAUUCGAUCAAGACAGGGAGAAUCUCCCAUGUUCUGAAAUGAUGGAAGAUCUCGAGGACCUAUAUGAAGGGUUGGCAGAAGCCCUGGACACCUGCUGUAAAACUAACUUAAUCACAAAAGAACAAUUUGAACACAGACCUGGCCCACAUUCAGCAGGAAGCAGCUCAGACUUCAGGGGAGAUGCGGGGUCUUGCCACCAGCCUGCAGUCUUCCCAAGUGAAGAGCAGCUGCUGGCCCUAGAGCUGGCCUCCAAGAUGUGCAAUGAACAGGCAGAAGCUCACAUACAUCAAAUAUUAGAGACCCUGAUCCACAAUCAAAGCACCAUAAGAGAUGCUCUGAGAGAGAACCAGCACUUCAGGAACCAGCUGGCCCAACUGCAAGAUGGCUUGGGAAAGCUCAGCAGUCACAACACCCAGCUGACCAGCACCUUGCAGGCAGAGCAGCACACAAAGAAACAACUGGCCAAGCAGCUGGAGCAGCUGCAGCAGGAGGUACUGCAGGGCAGGAGGGAAAUCCAGUCAGUCAACAAGAAUUUGCAGCAGACCCAGGAGCAGCUCACAGCUACCAUGCAGCAGAACCAGCAGCUGCAGGCUCAGGUGAGUCUCCUGGCUCUCCCUGCAGGAAGUGAAACAGAAGAGACAAAGGAUGAUGAGGCUGCCAGACUCACCCUCACCAUCCCUGAGAGCACAGACAGCAGAGAAGACAUCAUUACAUUUUUCUCUGAGGCUCAAACCUCUUCUGAUGCAGAGAGGACCCGGCUGGGGCACCAACUAAGGCAGCAGAAAUUGCUCUGCCAAUACAUGGCUCAACUGGCAGCCCUGAACCACACCAGGCCUGAGCAAGAGGCCUUGGCUCCACAUUGGGGGGGGUGA